AUGAAAACAGUUUCUAUUGAUGAGUACUAUAAACAUUAUUCAAUAGAAUUGACCUUGUCAAAGUGGAGAAAUCAAGAAAAAUCAAGUUCUGUAUGUAGUCGAUAUGCUCAUAGAGGUUCUGUUUGCAAAGAAGCUGAAGAAUGUUGCCCCAAAUGUUCCAAACCUCACUCACUAAAAAAACAUGAUGAUAAAAUACACGGAAAGGAAUCAAAAGAUGCCAAUGAGAAAUUAAAACUAAAUUUCAACGUAAAUCAUGCUGUUUGGGAUGAAGACUGCGAAGUCUAUAAAAUGAAAUUGAAAAAAUAUAUUAUUAAGAAAUGA